GAGCAACCUCAGCAAUUGGGAAGUUUCGAAUGGAGGGACCUGCACUCCGAACCUCGACCAUCUGCAUCUCCAAUCUGCGAUAAACAAUUCUUCUGUAUCUCCUUUGAUCGGCCACCCAACCUAACCACAACCACAACCACGAUUCAGUCUGCUCAAUUCACACCCAACCUACAACCAAUUGAAUUACCAGACAUACACAAUCACAACCAUGGGCAUCUCCAAGCGCAAAGAAGGCCCCAGCAGCAAGGGCAAGCCCGUCCGACCGUCCAAGAAGCAGAAGGCGCAAGCAUUGGCCGCCUACCACAGCAGUUCAGAGGAGGAAUCCGACAACGAGCAGCAAGAUGAGAACAACCAGAGCGACGAGGAGGGCGGAGCCUCCACCAUUCCCGCCCACCUCCUCGACUCCGACGACGAAGAUCUAGACAACCGCGUCGCCGACGACGGCGCAUCCACAGACGAAGAGCAAGCAUCCGACUCCGAUUCCGAGGCCGAACAACAACAAAGGUCCAAGAAGUCUCAACCCAAAUCCACAAAACCCAAAUUCAUCGCCAAAGACGCCCCAGAUUCCGAAGACGACUCUCUAGACGGCGGCUCCGACCUCGGCUCAGACCUCGACGAUGAAUUCGACCUCGACGGCUCCGACGCCGAAGGCGGUGGCUCCCGCAAAAUGACAAAAUCGAAGCGCAACGACCCCGAAGCCUUCGCCACCUCCAUCACCAAAAUGCUUUCCUCCAAGCUCCCCGCCUCCCGACGCGCCGACCCCAUCGUCGCGCGCUCGUCCGAGUCUGUGGCGGCCGCCAAGUCCAUGGUCGACGCGGCGCUGGAAGCCAAGGCGCGCAAGCGGCUGCGCGAGCAGAAGCGUCUUGCCUUCGAAAAGGGCCGGGUGCGCGACGUGUUGGUUCCCAGCAAGACCAGGACGCUGAACAUCCAGACGGGCGAGAUCGAGGAGAUUCCGGAUGGCAAGGAGGGCGAGCAGACGACGGGCCAGAUCCUGGAGACGGAGAGGAGGCUGAGGAAGACGGCGCAGAGGGGUGUGGUGAAGCUGUUUAAUGCGGUUAGGGCGGCGCAGGUGAAGGCUUCGGAGGCGGAACGGGCGGCGAGGCAGGAGGGUAUUGUGGGCGUGAAGAGGAGGGAGGAGAAGGUUACGGAGAUGAGCAGGAAGGGGUUCUUGGACCUGAUUGCGAGCGGUGGUGGGGGGUUGAAGAAGGGUGGUUUGGAGGAGGCUUAAAUUCCAGGACGGGUCCUCGUUGAAGGUGGUGGGAGUGGCACUCUGGUGUAGAGUGGUGAUAUUUGUUUGUUUGCAUAUUGUCAAGGUCUGUCUGGCCUGUUUCUUAUAUACAAUCCCAUGCCCUUGCUUUGGGGCCAAUAGUUGAACAAUGUACAAGCUCCAUGCCGAACUUUAAAAGGUGAAUAUGUCCUUGCAAAUCCACAUCUCCAUGUCAACAAACAAAACGUGCA